GCUCUCAGCUUCAUUCUGAGCCGAGCCCGGUUCCGAGGGCAGGUAGCUCCGCAGACGGCGGCGGCGGCGACGACAGCGACGGCGACGGCGGCGGACUGAGCUCCGGGGCAGCCCGCUCCCUCCUCCCGGUCUCUCAUUCCCCGCGAUCAGCAUGAAAGCCUUCAGUCCAGUGAGGUCCGUUAGGAAAAACAGCCUUUCGGACCACAGCCUGGGCAUCUCCCGGAGCAAAACCCCGGUGGACGACCCGAUGAGCCUGCUGUAUAACAUGAACGACUGCUACUCCAAGCUCAAGGAGCUGGUGCCCAGCAUCCCCCAGAACAAGAAGGUGAGCAAGAUGGAAAUCCUGCAGCACGUCAUCGACUACAUCUUGGACCUGCAGAUCGCCCUGGACUCGCACCCCACUAUUGUCAGCCUGCACCACCAGCGACCCGGGCAGAGCCAGGCGUCCAGGACGCCGCUGACCACCCUAAACACGGACAUCAGCAUCCUGUCCUUUCAGGCUUCUGAAUUCCCUUCUGACUUAAUGUCAAAUGACAGCAAAGCGCUCUGUGGCUGAAUAAAUGGUGAGUGUUUGCUUGUGCCUCGCGUUGAACUGGCGCUUGGAGUGUGUGUGUGCGCGCGCGCGCGUGUGUACUUGCGUAUCUGUAAAAUGUUUGGCUUGGUAAAUGAAUGUGUACUUCGUUGUAUUACACGUAGUACAUUGUUUACACGUACUCUAGACAUGAAGGGGGCCUCUAGCUCCUGUUACUCAAAAUCCCACGACAUUUUCCUUAAAAAAAAAAAAAAAAAUGAUGCCAGGAACUUACUUACUCUGAAGGUGGAGGAGACAAAUGUGUACUGGCUUCUGUGGGCACGUAACAUACUCCGGCUGUCUUCUGCUAUCGCUCUGGUACUAUGAGGUACUAACCUCCAUAUAAUUAAUCUUAUCGCCGCAAAUUCCAUAGGGAUCCUCCUUCCCCAAAACUGCAGCCCUCUGGGAUUCAGCUAACCCGAGCAUUGCUGCCCUGUGCCUCAGACCCUGUGAUGUGGGAUUCCGACUUCCCUAUCUGUUAACGAAAGGGCUGUUUUCAAUCAAAUAAUUGUUACAAGAAGCAGACUGGCGCCUGUGAGCACUGCCGUUGGAGAUCCAAAUAAGAGAUGGCGUGGGGAAGCUUUCCCCCAGUCUCUGCUAUUUUCAUGUUUUAUUUGCGCUGUCCAGGCCGAGUAUGUGUGUUGCAUCUGGACGCCGGGGUUUGCCCAACGUUUGAGUGUUUGGUUCAGUGUUCAGACUGCGGCUUCCUCCUGGCACCAGUCUGCCGCCUCUGCCCUUGGGUUAAAACCUCCUAACACCCCCUUCUCUCCCAGUCUUUUGCAGGCGCUGACUUUUUGUUUCCUUUGCACAAUAACAACAACAACUCCACAGGCUCUUUUAAGGCGCUGAACUCACUUUUCAACCCUUUCCCAAGGAGGACAACAAGUCAAAGGGACCUUUUUUAAAAAUGGAAGGAAAACUAAGAAUGAUCAACUUCCCCAGGGUGUUUUCUGACAUGGACUGUGAUAUUAGUUAUUUAUGAAAAAGACUUUUAAAUGCCCUUUCUGCAGUUGGAAGGUUUUCUUUAUAUACUAUUCCCACCAUGGGGAGCGAAAACGUUAAAAUCACAAGGAAUUGCCCAAUUUAAGCAGACUUUGCCUUUUUUCAAAGGUGGAGCGUGAAUACCGGAAGGAUCCAGUAUUCAGUUACUUAAAUGAAGACUUUCGGUCAGAAAUUACCUUUUUGACGCAAGCCUACUGAAUGCUGUGUAUAUAUUUAUAUAUAAAUAUAUAUAUAUUGAGUGAAACCUUGUGAACUCUCUAAUUAGAGUUUUCUUGUACAGUGGCAGAAAUGUAUAUUUCUGCAUACAAAGUGUAAUGAUAUACUUAUUCAUGCUAAACUUUUUAUAAAAGUUUAGUUGUAAACUUAACCCUUUUAUACAAAAUAAAUCAAGUGUGUUUAUUGAAUGGUGAUUGCCUGCUUUAUUUCAGAGGACCAGUGCUUUGAUUUUUAUUAUGCUGUUAUAUAACUGAACCCAAAUAAAUACAAGUUCAAAUUUA